CAAGCACGUGGGAAUCGGUAAUCAGUCCCUCUCAUGGUUACAAGAAGGUCGGUUAUUUUUGAAUCACCGCACCCGUGUGCAAAGAGGAGGAGUGUGGUAUCAGAUUCCUGAAGAGGACGGAGACGGAGAAUGAGAGUGAAGGAGGGAUCUUCCUGGGUAACGUCCUACAGGCAACUAGACAGAAUUUAUUAAUUUAGCGUAAAGCAAGUGGAUAACCAUGAAACUCAGUUUAGCUUUGUUCUUCGCUGGGAUAUUUGGAGCUCUCAGCGUUCUUCUCUUUCUUCUGGCUUUUGGCACGGAUUACUGGCUUCUAGCCACUGAAAGAUGUCCGUCAGUCCAAAAUAGAAUGGAAUCGGUCACUGCAGAGAAGGGAGAUAUCAUAAUUUCUCCUCAUGAAGUUGGUGGCACUUUCCAUCAUGAAGGAUUUUUCUGGCGAUGCUGGUUUAAUGGAGCAGUGAUCGAUAACAACUUCUGGAAGUUCUGGUUCACUAACAAACCUCCUUCAAAAUACUGUACACAGGCUUACCUUCUCCCAUUCCCCUUGACAACAGAAGCUCAUAAUUCCACAGUUUAUGAGACUGCAAUCAUUUACCGUGGUUUCUGGUCAGUAUUCAUGUUGUUGGGUGUCAUUGCUGCCACAGUAGGAGGCUUCAUCAUUAUCUGCGCUGCUCCCUUUUCCAAUUAUAACCUCUACAAAGCAGGUGGUGGACUAUUUCUAUCUGCCGGUGUUAUAUUCAUAAUACUCGUCAUUAUGUACGUCAUCUGGAUCGAAACCGUCAUUGAUAUUCAGGAAUACAUUCAAAAACAGAGAAAUCAGCUCUGUUUUGAUUUUGAUCUAAGCAUUCAGUAUGGAUGGUCUUUCAUACUUGCACCCAUUGGGAUAUUCUUCUCCUUGCUGGCAGGCUUGCUGUUCCUCCUUGCGGGUCACGCUAUUCAAGUUCAUUACGAUUAAAAGACAACUUUUUUGCAUUAAAAAUAUAACUCAAUGCUUUUAGUACAAAGAGAGUGGCAAAUAUUGACAUUAGAAAUGAAAAUUAAUUUAUCUGUCUCAUCAAACAGCAUUCUGGUGAUUUACCAAAAACUUGUUUUAAUUUAAGUUUAUUUACCUGUUGACUUAAUUUAGAAGUAGUUGCAAAAAUGAAGUUGUUGUAAAAUUAAAAAAAAAAAAUCAAAUCAACUAUUUUGAAGCCUUGCAGUGUUAGUUUGAAAAAUAAUAAUCACUUUCUAUAUAAUAAGGAAAGAGACGGUAUUGCUUUGCUUGGUAAGUUAUAACUGACAAAUGACUGUACAAUAGGGAAUUCAUUUUCUCUUGAUUUCUCAUAAGGCAAAUAUUAUGAGACAGCUGAAUGCAGUACUUGCAAUGGUUUAAUUUGUUAGAAUUAUUGGGGAUAACCUUUUGGUUGCUGGUAUUACUUCCAAUAUAAACAUGAUACCAACAAUGGUGUUCAUUUCCAUAUUAAAACAGCACUUCAUUGGAGAUGAUAUUUACCAGAUAUUAUAGAUUCAUGGAAAUAGGAGUUCAUGUAUGAACUAGUCUUUAAGUUCAUUUUCAGCCCAUACUUUACUCAUGGAAAAUUCAUUUUGCAAAUUUUGAGCAUUUAGUAUUUCCAUAAAUAUUUCUUUUGAGCUGUUGACCACAUGUACAACACAAAACUGGUGCCAGUGGAGUAAACCAGUUGUCAAUUCCAACAAGAGGACACGAUAGUGAACUUUAAUUAAAUUGAUGGCUAAAGGUAGAAUGAAUGUAAAAUUGGAAUGCAAAUUCCUGUUUCCAACAAAGAAACAUUAAUUUCAGAUCAUAUACUGGAGUUAUUAUACCAAAUAAGGACAGACAAAAAUAACUGCAUACACUUGUUCAAAAUGACUGUAAGGCAGGCUUUCUGUUCCAUUUAGUUGUCUGGCAACUAUCCUCAUUGCAAGAACUUACUGUUCUGUAGUCAGAAGCUCUUAGACAGAGCAAUGUAAAGAUCUUUGUGUUUUAGGAGAAUAAUGAAUUGCGCAUGACUCUGUAAUGUGUGUACUUAAUGCAUGAACCCCACUUACCUUACAUACACUGAUGAUGCCUUCUACAAAACUAUUUCAGCGAUUGUAGAUAGUGUUGGAGCCUCACUCAGUUGGGCAUUUUAGAUAAUUCAUCCUGAUUGGCUGAAUGAUCAACACAAGGAAUGUUUCAAAUACUCAUUAUAAGAAAUGAGAAAGAGGCAUGCCAAUAAUCUUAGAUCAAAUGUCCAGUAUCUAAUAAUCCCUGCUUGCACCACUUUGAAAAAUACCUGUUCAUUAGUGAUGGUGAUGUUUGAGAAGAUUCCACUUCAUACUAAUAAGCUUAGAAUUCCAUUCACUUACCAUAAACUGUAUGUUCUCUCUGAGACUUCCUAGCUCUGUCAGUAGGGUUAAUUCAAUGUUAAACAAUGUGAACUGAAGCAUUUUCAAGCAUCUCCCAUGUUGCUAAGCCUUAUAGGCAGAAAUGACAAACAUUUGUUUCAUUUAUGAUGAGUUAUAUUCAAAUCAUUCAUUGAUGCAACAUACUGAACUUGUUUGUAAAAAAGAAUUUGUCCCUGUUAUGAAUUUCUGCAAAAUGUCUUAAUGUCUACAACAUUACAGGUGUCUUAGUGCUCCUGUGGUUUAAUUUGCCCCAUAUUUAACAGUGAUGUGAUUUAAACAAUAUUUCUCAUCCUUUGAGCUUAUAUUAUUCUUUAUGUAUUUUUUGAUUUGGUCUGGGGCAGGGAUGCUAAUAAUGUGAGUGACAGCCAUCACAGUAUGUAUGAUAUAGAUUUCUGUAUGCUGCACAGUUAGAAUAUUCCAUUGGGAGAACAAAAGUAUAGUUGCUGACUAUUAUUAUAGUUCACUCUUGCAGACAGUCCAAGCAUCACAUUUUCAUAAUGGUUUAAGAGAAUAUUGAGCUCCCAUAACUCACUAUUUGGAAUGAAGUAUAAUUUGCUUUUAUAAAUUCAAAAAUGUCUCCUAUGCAAGAUUCAAGUGACAAAUGCAAACUAGCCAUGUUCUUGGCAUGGACUUUAAGAAUUGCAUGCAUACUGUAAAUCAAAUAGCCUGUUCUUAUAUUGACUUCACAAUAAUUGGGAAUAUGUUGCUUCUUUAUUAGUAUUUUUAGAACUAAUCCAAAAUCCCCAACAUCACUUUUGAUUAAUGACCAUUUAUUUUGCUGUUGAAGAAUUUAAUUUUCUUCUAAGAUAUUAAGAGUGACAACCAGAACCCUUUCUGGUUGCUUUGCUAGCUUACAUGAGCAAAUGAUAAUAUGGCACCAUACAGAGGAAGUGUUUUUGCUUGUGAAAUAAGUAACCCUGUCAAAGCAGACAUGAAUUCCCUCUGGGGAUGAUCUGCUCAGCUCUUGUAAAUUUGGUAGAGGUUGGCAGAAAUCUCAUCACCACAAAUAAAUGUGAUCUCCACUGAUAUUCCUGUGAUGGACAUAUCGACCAGGAGAAGUUCCAAGGAAAUUCCUUGUUAUAUUGUUGUAAUCAUGGAGAAGUUUGAAAAUGUUUUGUUAUUUCACAUAAUAUUAGGCAAUUGUGUCAACAUAUACUGCCAGAGAAAAAUAUCCUGUGUUACGGCUGGUUGACUGGUUAUCUGGUAAAAUAGGACAUUCACAUGUUAGACAACCGAACUGUUUUCAGUACAAUUAAUUAAGCUGUUUUUACACAAAGAGUAGGUUUCUUUCUGCAAAGUUACAAUACUAGUAUCAAAUUUUGAAAUCAAUUUCUCUGGAAGGCAAGUUGGGUAAAUUCAUAUUAAGUGCAAUGUGAAAAAUAACAAUUGUAGCUCUCCCCUGCAUCUCAGAAAAUAUGUCCAUAGGUGCUGCCUGGUCAGCUGAGUUCCUCCAGCAUUUUGUGUGCGUUGCUUGGAUUUCCAGAAUCUGCAGAUUUUCUCUUGUUUCAGAAAAUCUGUCCAGCUGUUUUGAUAUGGUAUUUUGAUAUAUAGGCUUGGGAUAGAUCUGUGAAUCAUUAUUAAACAAAACAGGUAGCAAUAUUAUUACAUUUUUACAGAAGCAUAAUUUUCAUUUUCCUUAUUCAAUAAAAUUGAUGUAUGUCUUUACCUGUCAUAAUCACCAAGAAACUUAGACAAAAUAUUUGAAGGAUAUCUUUCCAUAAUAUGCACAUUUACCUAACUUAUUUGUUUGAUUUUUGAUGUUUAAUUCUCCUUUAAAUAUUUUUCAACAGGAGUAUUAACCAAUUAUUGUAUUGAAUUUCUUUGAACUGUUUACAUAUUAUAAUGUGUAAGUCAGAUUUGUGCCCUGUUGCUGCGUUUGCUUUUCUUUGUUAUUUAUUAAAAAUAAUUUGAAGCAAUUGUUCCCUUCAACAGCUGGGAAUUUAUUUCAAUAAAAUAUUUGC